CUCGCUCUCUGUGCUCGCAGUUGAUCUGCUCAAAGAGCAUUCGGAGGAAAACAGGGGCAUACUUUCGCAGGCUACUCGAAUCAUAUUAGAUACAUAGUUCUGUAAGGUUCUGUGGGGAAAAAAAGGGACUAACUUUUCACAAGCCGAGAGACAACAGCUAUUGCGAAAUGAUCUUGCAGCAUUUCCCUAGCUAGCGCUGUGCUGUAUGGUUUACAGCAACUAGAAUAAUUCCAUUAUACACUUUGAAGUCUUGUUCUGGGUUCUGUUUUGGGUUCAAGAAAUCCACACACAAAAAAAAAACACAACCCUAAAGGAACGGCGCUAGUUCAUGAACGCCAGUAUGGACUACGAAAGGCCCAAUGUGGAGACCAUCAAGUGUGUAGUGGUGGGAGACAACGCCGUGGGGAAGACUCGCCUCAUCUGCGCAAGAGCCUGCAACACCACUCUCACCCACUAUCAGCUCCUCGCAACACACGUGCCGACUGUCUGGGCCAUCGAUCAGUACCGGGUUUGCCAGGAGGUCCUGGAACGUUCCCGGGAUGUUGUGGAUGAAGUGAGUGUAUCACUAAGGCUCUGGGAUACUUUUGGUGACCAUCAUAAGGACAGGCGCUUUGCAUAUGGAAGGUCUGAUGUGGUGGUGUUGUGCUUUUCUAUAGCCAACCCCAACUCCUUGCAUCACGUCAAAACGAUGUGGUAUCUGGAAAUCAAGCACUUCUGUCCUCGGACACCUGUCAUUCUGGUUGGCUGCCAGCUUGACUUGCGCUACGCAGACUUGGAAGCCGUCAAUCGAGCACGGCGACCGUUGGCAAGGCCAAUAAAACCAAGUGAUAUUUUACCUCCAGAAAGGGGCAGAGAAGUUGCGAAAGAGCUUGGGAUUCCCUACUAUGAAACCAGUGUAUUUGACCAGUUUGGCAUCAAGGACAUAUUUGACAACGCCAUUCGAGCAGCUCUGAUUUCCAGAAGACACCUUCAGUUCUGGAAGUCCCAUCUGAAGAAAGUGCAGAAACCCCUGCUGCAGGCCCCAUUCCUGCCCCCGAAGGCGCCUCCUCCGCUGAUCAAAGUCAUGGAGUAUCCCCCGAGCAACAAGGAGGGCCCCAGGCACCUGCUGGAUACCCCGCUCUGCGCCGACGUCAUGUUCAUUCUCCAGGACCACCUUCACGUCUUCGCCCAUAGGAUGUACCUGUCUACCUCAUCCUCCAAGUUCUACGACCUCUUCCAGAUGGACCUGUCGGAGGAGUCCCCGGGGAUGCGGGCGCCGGAGAGGCAUGGCCGAGACCACCUGACGCGGACCCUGAGCCUGGACACAGAGGAGGACGCGGCUGUCCUGUCCACUCUCUCGCCCGGCUCCCUCCGAGCGUCUAAAAGCGACGGGACUUUGAAGACGAUGUGCUUCAGUGGAAAGAGCAAGAGGACAAAGGUGUCCCUGGCGUCCUGGAGCAAGGCCUUUGUUAGCAUGCAUAAGGAAAUGUUGAAAGCCCCUGUCACUGGUACAGCAUCUUUGAUGACCGUGGUCAAGAUGGACUACUCUAUUCAGCUGGGGCCCUUCAGUGCCGUCCUCCGAUUCCUCUAUACCGGUGAGCUGGACGAGAAGGAGAAGGACUUGAUGAAGAUCGCCCAGAUUGCAGAAAGCCUUGAAGUGUUUGACCUCAGAAUGAUGGUGGAAAAUAUUCUGAAUAAAGAAGCGUUCAUGAAUCAGGAGAUCACCAAAGCAUUCCACGUCCGAAAAGCAAACAGGAUUAAAGAAUGCUUGGCCAAGGAUACAUUUACAGAUGUCACAUUCAGGAUGGAUGAUGGAACUAUCAAUGCCCAUAAGCCUUUACUGAUAUCAAGCUGUGACUGGAUGGCUGCUUUGUUUGGAGGCUCCUUCAUGGAGAGCUCAAACAGUGAGGUUUACUUUCCCAACACAAGCAAAGUGUGUAUGCAAGCAGUCUUGGAGUACCUAUACACCAAUCAGCUGGCUCCGCUGGUAGAUCUGGACCCAGUCGAGUUAAUUGCACUUGCAAACAGACUGUGCCUUCCCCGUCUGGUGGCCCUGACAGAACAAUAUGCUGUGAAUGAGCUUGUGAAAGCAGCAAGAGAUGGAAUUGAUGUAGAUGGAGAAGUACUCACUUACUUGGAACUGGCUCAGUUUCAUAAUGCUAAUCAGUUAGCAGCUUGGUGCUUACAUCAUAUCUGUACCAACUACAACAGUGUCUGUGCCAAGUACCGCAAAGAGAUCAAGUCCAAAUCACCAGAGAACCAAGAAUACUUUGAAAAGCAUCGCUGGCCUCCCGUGUGGUACUUGAAGGAGGAGGAUCACUAUCAGAGAGUGAAACGAGAGAGAGAAAAAGAAGAUGUGGUCCUGAACAAGCAUCAUUCCAGACGCAGGUGGUGCUUCUGGAGCAGCCCCUCCACAGUUGCCUAAGAAAAUACCUGCAGCUCAGCAGCCUCCGUAUUUGUGCGUUAAUGACAUGUUAGAAACUCUGGUCAAGUCUUUUUUGUCCUACUCUUCAGACGAUGUAUCUGUUUAUGCACUGACAUUUCUACUACAAGUUAUUGGGUAGUAACCUUGUCCGGUUUGAAGCACAAAUUUGUGUACACACAAGAGAACACAACAAAAUAUAGACUCGGUGUGUCUUCUGUCACUUCAGCUGUUUUGCACAGCUUCAGUUGCAGGUUGUCUUUAGGAACUGUUUUGAUUGUAUGUGUUUUUAUCUUUUUAACAUUUGCUGCUUUAGGAUGCUGUAAAGAGGGCAUAGCACCAUCUGGUCAAUGACCAUCUGGUCAGUUCACACACCUCAAUGUUAGCGUUUUUACAAUUACUUUAGUAAACGGGUUAUACCAGAUAUAAUUUUACAUUCUAUUGAUUUCAUGCUGAGAAUGUUUCAUAGCACUUGGUGCCGUUUAUCAAGUGGAAUGGUACAAACACUUAAAAAUACUAAUAUUAAUGUUUAACCAGCGUUUGAAGCAUUAAAGGAAAAAAAUACAAGCAUAAUAACCCUUUUUCAAGGGGUGACAAUAACUUUAAGUAAUUUUAUAAGGUUUCAUUUUUGAAUACACACUGAGAACAAAAUGCUGAAAAAGGUGAUGUCUGUGUUUGCUGUAGCUGUGUAAUCUCAUGGUUGUCACUGCUUUAGUACAGAAUUUAUACAGUUUGCAACAACCACAAAUACUUUAACCCUGGAACAUGUCUUAAAUAUCAAUGCAAUAACUUUGGUAACUGGGCCAAUUUGUGUCUGCUAAUUCAAAACAGAUUAUGAGCCAGCAAAGUAUUAGCAAAUAUCAACUGGAGCUGGAGAUCCCAGUGAAUUUAUUGCAGAACUAAAAUUAUUUUUGUACAAAUGUCAACUAUACUCUAGCACUGUAUUGACCUCUGUAGCUUUUGAGACAUUUAUCUCUGAUGAUUAGAAGGGCUUAGUGUACAUACAACAUAUAAAUUAGUUCAGGGUUAACAUGGACCUAAAUACAACACAAUACAACUGAAACUUAUAUAUGUAUAUAUUUAUGUCCUUAUUAUCUGGCUGGUCCUUAUUUGAUUCUUUCGUUGUCGUGAUUUGCACCUUUCAGAGGCUUUGCCAUACUGUAUAAUCUGAGAGCACCUUCGCAAAAAUGUAGGCAGUUCAUGCGAGAAGAUUACAACCAGAAGUUUCUUCAGGA